CUCACGUCAGAUGUAGGGGACGGCGUGUUUCCUGCGCGCGACCUCUCCGCUGUGAUUGGCAGGUCGCUGCAGCUCGUGCGGCUCAUUAAUCACUGGAUCAGAGAUUAGUAUAGAUAUUAGUAUUGUUAUUAUAUAGUAGCGAUGUUCCGGGCCGCGCUGAGCGCGAGCAGAGGUGGGAUCUGUAACCGGCUUCUCUCAUCUCUCUCUGGAGAAAGCAAUGUGCCAUCCAAUCUAAGAAUCCCACCCAAUCUGAUCGGAGUUCCGAGAGAAAAAAAAGUCCUUCCAUCUGCUUCUGACCUGCCUGUCCUGCGAAGGUGUGAGGAGAACAUUCCAGCUCACCUCUCACCUGUUCAAACCUGGCUACAUUCUUUAGAGAGUCAAGACAGUGAACCGCUCGGUAUUGUUGACCUACACCCUGACGUUUUCGCUGUACCUGUCAGGUUGGAUAUACUUCAUGCUGUGGAGGUCUGGCAAAGAAAUUUCAAGAGAAUUAGCUAUGCCAAAGUUAAGAGCAGAGCUGAAGUUAGUGGUGGAGGCAAAAAGCCCUGGAGACAGAAGGGCAGUGGACGAGCUCGCCACGGCAGCAUCCGGUCACCCAUCUGGAGAGGAGGCGGCGUCGCUCACGGUCCGAGAGGUCCAACUAGCUAUUAUUACAUGCUGCCAAUGAAGGUGCGAGUACAAGGCCUGAAAGUCGCACUGACCUCCAAACUGACUCAGGAUUGUCUCCAUAUUGUUGACUCGUUGGAGAUUCCUACUCCAGACCCACAUUAUCUACAGGACCUGGUCAAACACAGACAGUGGGGGAAUUCAGUCCUCAUUGUUGAUGUAGGGGAGGAGUUUCCUCAGAACGUUCUUCAGGCCACAGAAACCCUGAAGACUAUCAGUAUCAUUCCAGCAAUCGGUCUGAAUGUUCACAGCAUGCUGAAAUAUGAAACUCUGGUUCUUACUCUGGACACAGUUAAGUUUCUGGAGAAGAAGCUGCUGUGGCAUGACUCUCGAUUUACAGCUCUGUACCCAUUCAAACUCCCCUACAGUGACUGGCCGUGAACUCUCAGUGCAUUAAAAAGACAUUUAUUUCCAA